UAAAUGUUUUCAAAAACAAUAUUUUAAAGUUCGAACAAAUAAAUUUUAAUUAUUUUUUGUGUCAACUAAAAGGGCUUAAGUCCUUGUUACCUCCUGUAAGUUUGCCCCCUUCUUCCCAUGAAGACGAUGAUGAUGAAAGAUGAAGUUGUUGAGGCUUAUUGAACGGAUGGAAAGCUGCCAUCCGACAAAAAUGCCAAUCAAUAAUUUAUGUGAAUUUAUUUUAUACGAAAUGUUUAAACGUUGUAACGUUGAAAAACAGAACUUUUGAAUCUUUUUUGAUGAAAUUAUGCUAUCAAUUUUAAGUUAUGAAAGGUCAGAUGAAAUAAUCAGAAAAAUGGCCGAGCGGUUAAGUGUCAGCUUACCGAUCUGGGAACCCGAAAGGAUCAAAAAACGCCAGGAAUCUUUUGAGCAUUUGUCCCUCUCGGAUAUGUCAGGCCUGUCCCUUUCCACGCUUCCCCAUUGAGGACCAAAAAAACCACUCCGAAUUCGUUCUCGGAUCUCCCAGAAUGGUAGGAUUACACCUUAAUCACUCGGCUAUUCGGCCGUCAUACUCUAUCUGUUAGUAAACUUAAUUAAAUGCAAUAAUCCUGCUUGAAAAAAAUGUAUUAUCUUCGACUUUGUUACGAAACAAUGAAUUAAAAGAUAAGCAUUGUAAACGAAAAUGGCGGUAUCAUUUUUAAACGAUUGCACAAGAGAAUCUGUAAAUAUUCUCACACACAGCUACGAAUUUGAAUACAUACAGAAACUCGGCUGUGGAACAUAUGGAACAGUUUUAUCCAUGUACGACAGAAACAGAAAAAAGAAAGUUGCAGUAAAGAUAGUAACCACCUGUAGCAGAUCCGAAUUGCAUGAUUGGAUCUACUUACUCCACCCCAAUAUUGUGCCUCUUUAUAACAUCCUGAAUUUAUCCGAAUGCGGGGUCAAAGUUUUCGUUAUGCCUUCUAAAAAUUGCACCAUAUUAAGCAAGCUGAAUUCCGAAAGUUUUUGCAACCACUCUCAAUCUUUCGAGUUUCUGAGGAAAUGGAUGUACGAGCUUCUAUGCGGCCUGAAUUACUUACAUUGCAGGCACUUAUACCACUUGGAUCUAAAAUUAGGAAACGAACUGCUUUCGGAUGGCGCUACGGCCAUGUUAUCCGAUUUUAGUUUUCUGACCAGGCAAAAAGAGGUCAUAUUGGGCGAAAUGGGCAUGCCCGACGUCUACAGGCCACCCGAAAUCUACAUAUUUCAAGAGAAACAAAUUGGCCAAAACAGAUUCGAUUCCGAAAAAUUAGAUCUGUGGGCCUUUGGCAUAUUAUGCCUAGAAGCAUUUACUAAGCAAGCGUUAUAUAAAAACCCAAAUAGAAGAUGGAACGACGCGAAAAAUUCAGUAAGAUGGCGCGGUUGGAUGAUAGAAGUUCAAGCGUUGCUUAUUCACAUACGUAAUGACCUGUCUUAUUUUUCGAAAAUGAUACAAACAGCAUUCCCCUCUACGCAAUUUGAUGAUGAUCUUAUUGCACUUUGCCAAAAUUGCAUCCAACUGCUCCUUCGUGAAGAUCCAAAUAGCAGAAUUUUGACUAGCGAAGCCAUGAAACACAGAUUUUUAAAGAACUACAAGAAAGAUUUAUGUACAAAUUUAGUAACUUAAUUACAUUCUUCAAUGAAAUACGAACGUUGAAGAUCAUUGAAUUGUAAAUAUAUGUAUUUUUGAAAAAUAAAAUAACCGAAAAUUAAAUAAAUUUU